AUGCAUCCAACGAAUAAUAGAAUAAUAGCAUUAAAAUCUUUGAAAUAUAAGAAAUUUGCUAAAGGUUGUCACAGAUCAGCUUCCUCACAUAAGAAGCCAUCACCAACUUUCUUCGAUAGUUCAUAUCAACAAUAUUUAAGACAAAAUCAUGGGUUGGUUCAAUUAGACUCUGCUCAAACUCAAUCACACUUACCUAAUUUACAACCACAUCCAGUGAUUGGGGCAAACACAAAUUUCAAUACAGUUGAAGAUGCCAUACAUCAUGAUGAUUACAUUAUUACAGCUAGUGGGACUACCACAAACAACUACGGCUCUACACAUUAUUAUGAUUCUACCAUUAAUCAAACUUUAUCUAAAAGAUACUAUUCCAAUAUAACAAAUCAACAACAAUUACAGCCACAAAAUAAUAAUAAUAAUAAUAAUGCUCUAAUAAAUGAGUCUCUAAAUAUUCAAAAUAAAGAUAAUAAUACCACAACACAACAUUCUGAAUUUGCAAACGAUGAGGGGAAAGUAUGGGAAGAAGAUACAGAAACCGAUUUAAACCCGAAGGAAUAUUUAAAAGUUCAUAUUGAACAGAUAGAUAGAUGUUACAAUUUGAAAGAAUACUCUAGAAUAAAUGCAUUAUACCAAUCUUUAAAAAGAAAUAAUAUAGUAGUUCCAUUAGAGACUUACGAAAAGAUUUUGGACUCGUUUGCAAAGAGAGUAUUCGAUGUCAAUAACAAGAAUCUGGACGAAAAAAUGUUUUCUUUAUUAAAUUGUUAUCACGAUAUUAUAAACAAUAGAUUAAAACCAACUACAAAGAUUUAUAAUAUUGUCCUGUUGCAAAUAUUUAAAAACUCUAUUGUGGCAUUUGAAUCAAACAAUCCAAAUGGUCUAGAUUUCUUUAAGAUUGGCUCCGAAUUAUUUCAUACAGUAUUGAAAAAUAAUGCAUUGUCGAAGGAAACUAUCAAUUAUUAUCUAUUAGCAUUAAACGUCUUCUCAGGAUCACCUUUCAAAUACUUUAAUAUCAACAGUCAAAAUCAACCAACAGCUUUGAUUCCGAAUUUAAACUAUUUCAAAUCAACUAUUAUUGAUUCAUCCGCAUCAUACAUUAAGGACUCAUUUUAUUUUAUUGCAUUUAUUAACUUGGCCAAGCUUACGAAUGAUUUACCAUUUUUGAAGGAUUUAUAUCAAGAAUUUUUGCUAUUAUUACCAUUGGAUUCUUCUCUUUCAUUAAAAGAAAACCAAUUCGAAAUAUAUUCGAUGUUUAUCACUGGAUUCUUGGAAAGUGGAGAACUUACACUAUCCAAUAAAAUCUUUGAAAAUUUAAUCAAUGAAAUUAAAUUGAGAGAUGGUAUGUCAGAAAAUAUCAAAUUGAUUCUUUCCAACUAUUUGAUUUCAUUAAGUAAAUUGGAUGCUCAAAAGGCUUAUUUGUUAUGGGUUAGUUUCAAGAAAUUGAGAUGGGUCCCAGAAUUUACUUAUGACUUUUAUUUACAAUUAAUGUCAAAUUCAUUCCAUGAUUGGGAACUAACCAAAAAAAUAUACGACUACAUAUAUCCAAUGGAAAGAGUCUUUUACAAUAGAGGAAGAGUAACUAGCACUUCAAAAGAAACAAAUUUAUCUAGUUAUCUUCUAUAUCCUAUUCACACUGAAAUGAUUUUAAAUUCUUUGAUGAAUUAUGCAUUACAGUUGAAUGAUCAAGAUGUGGUAUUUAGAUUAUUAGAAGAAUCCACUAUUAAAUCAUUUACAUUCGAUAUUAACUUAUAUCCAAGUAUAUUUAAAUUUCUGAUUGCAACCAACUGUACUCCAUCUUAUUUAUUAAGAAUGGUUGAAGCUCAAGGUAAUUUACUAUUAAAUGAAUCCAUUAGCAGACAAAAUAACAUAAACAAUUUACAAUUCUUAAGUGCAAUUACAGACGCAACAAGAAACACCGAUAUCUUAGAAGCCAUUCUAAAUAUGAAAUUUUUCGAUACUAUUUGUAAAAAUACCGAUUUUAACCCUGAAAACAUUACAAACUUUAACAUUAAUUACAAUGGCCUUGUUGUAUUCUUAGAUGCAUUGUGGAAGGCACCAAAAGAUUUCAAUUCUUAUCCUCAUUACUUAGAACUUCAAUCCAGUUUAAUUAUUAGAUUAUUUGAGUUUGAUACAUAUGUUCCAACCGAGGAAAAUAAAUUAAACAAUGCGACUGAGUUUACUCAAUUUAAGAAAACUUUAGUCGAGAAAUUUGAAAAGAUGGCAACUAAUUAUCAAAGAUUGAACUUCAAUCCAAACGACGUCCAUCAUGUUGUAUCGCAAGCUGUAAAAUUAUCAAGCUUACCAGAAGAAACAAUAGAAUACUUUAAUAAUCCAGGGGAUUGGGAUAAAUCAUACCCACUAAGUUUGGGAUCCCAAAUCAGAAAUGCACCAUCCACAGGGAUUAAGGAUUUCGAAAAGUUAUCUAACGAUGGAUAUUGUUUUGGUUAUGAUACUUAUAAAGAGUUAAUUAAAAACAAAUACAUCAAUCAAUAUAUCAUUGAAAAAUGUUAUGAAUUUGUUACAGUUGGUGAUGUCGAUGAGUCAAAGAGCCUAACCAAUCUAAUUAUCAGCAAGAUUGCUCCAACACAAAUCGAGUUUUUAUUGUUUUUGAAAUCAAAUAAGGAUCCUACAAUAUCACUUGAGAAACAAUUUUUCUUUCAAAAGUUUAUGUUGAACUACUUAAGGGAUGUAUCACUAUCAAAGAUCCUUCGUUCAUUGAAACAUACAGAUAUUUGUCCUCAAUUCAUUGCCACUGUGAAGUUUCCAGAAAAUUUCAAAAGUAUUACUGUUCAAGCAGAGUUUAAAGAAUCAAUUGAUUUAAUCUAUGAAAAAUUAUUCGAAGCCCGUGAUUAUGAAAGUAUUGUUAGAUUCAACGAUAUUUGCCCUGUGUUGAAUCUUAAUAUUUUGCUAAAAUCAACUAUUAGAUCUGGAGAAAUAAAAAUAUACGAAACGUUGUUUGAGAAAUUCAAAUCAUCUUUAUCCCGCGACCAGCUUAUUGAAAUCAAAUGUGAAUAUUUACUGGAUAGCUUAAAGAUUGAUGAAACAUUGAAAUUAUGCGAAGAGUAUAAAGAUGACAAAACUUGUGGAAAGUCUAAAGAUUAUUCAACAUUUGCCAAUUUCCUAAAAAGUUUUACUACUGAAUCUUCGUUAAUUAUGGAUCAUCCUGAGAAUACACUACAAUUUUCUAAUCAACUAUCAACUUUUGGAGGUUUUACAGAGGUAUUAAAUUAUUAUAAUCAACAUUCUGAAUUACUUGGUGAUCCAUUGACACUUGCAGAAAGACUUCAGAUAAAUAAGAAUGUAUUAGAUCAGAUGCUAAACAAUUUGGUUGAUGCCUCAAAAUUAUUUUUUGAGAACCAAAACAUUACCGUGGGAUUGUUGAACAAAACUGAAAUUGUCAGACAAUUUCAAUUAAAACUAAAGACAUUUUACCGUUUCAAGGCUUUCUUAAAAAUACAGAACUACAAGGUCUCUGAACUGCAAAGAUUAUUAGAUAUAUGGUCGAAAGUUGAACCAUUCUCAAUCGAUUCAUUUUUCAACAACAUCAUAGAAACAAUAUAUCUGAAACCAGAUACCACUUCGAACACGCUUUCCUUAAAGCAUAACCUUUUGUGGAACUUUGAUAAGUCAUCCUUGAAGAUUAUCGCCGAAGAUAUCAUACAUGCAUACCAAGCAGUGGGUGACCAACCAAAGAUCGUUAAAGUCGAACAAUUUAAGACAUUCCUUGACCAACAACAUUCAUCCCCAAUUAUUUUAUAA